UUAUCCUGACGUCAUGAAACAAAGCCGGAAGAAAGAUUGUCACGACGGAUUCGAGAAUAUCGAAGAACCUUCUUCUGCAGUCGGCGGUUCAUCCGUGACUCUUCCGUGGCCGGGCAGCAAGAGCGGCGACACUGGAGGUUGCAGUGUCGUUCGUCAUGGACCUCCUUCCGAUUGUACGUCAAUGUCGGCAGAUUCACCAGGAUCUCGACAGUCGUCUGUAGUAACAACGCAACGGUCGACGCCACAACCGAAUCAACCAACAUCCCCUCAAAUACAGGCGAUGCAAUUUAUCGAACCAGCACAGUAUGUUGCUGCAAUCCCAGUUCAACCCCUGAUGCCUAACUACCCAACCUCGGAUGUUCUGUCUCCAAUUCCGCAGGUAGACAAUAUGGUAAUGUCUCCCGUUCAGUCACAGUUACAAGUUGAUCUACAAAAGAAGCACGCUGAACUGCAAGCUAUCAUCGGUCAGCAACAGCAGGAAUUGAGACGAGUGUCUGAACAACUUCUCAUGGCUAGGUUGGGCUUACUGCCAGGUUCGCAAAAUCAGCAAGUUGGAACAAAUGUUCCCAUUUCAUAUCAAGCUACCAACUCUGGAACAGUAAGUAGCACCACCUCAACAGUUAUAGCUUCGGGAGUUCCAGGCCCCAGACAAGUGUUGGUACCUGUUUCUGUUCCCAUUUCGCUUCCCCUUCAGCAUCAGCAGAAUAUAAUAUAUAAUACGCCGGACUCCAAUACUCAGUCGAAUUGAAUGUAGUCGUUUUUCGAUGUUGAUAAGUGUACAGUGUAGUGAUGAUAAAUGAAUAUUCAAUUUGAA